AUGAUUGAAGACGCAACCAAAGAAGAGAAGAAGGAAGAUAAAACAACCAAAAAGAAGCCCUUCAUCACUGAAUCUAAAGCCACACCUGCUCCAUUUCCCGAAAGAUUAAAGAGCACGAAGAAAGAACGGGAGGAGAGUGAGAUCAUGCGAAUAUUAAACAAGUUUCAAAUCAACAUCCCACUCCUCGAGGCCAUCAAGCAGGUUCCUAGAUAUGAAAGGUUCCUUAAGGAUCUUUGUGUAUCUAAAAAAAAUAAAAGGAAACCAAACUAUAACAGUCGGGGAAAACGUAUCCGCGAUUUUGCAAAAGAGGAUGCCCCAAAGUGCAAGGAUCCCAGUUUGUUUACUGUGCCUUGCAAAUUGGGGAAUCUUGAUGUACCUCGAGCCAUGCUUGAUCUAGGAACAUUAAGCAAAACCGGUGUGAUCAUCCAACUUGCUGACCGGUCAAUCGUACACCCAAACGGUGUACUAGAAGACGUGUUAGUGCAAAUCAAUGAAUUUGUUUUCCCAACUUAUUUUUAUGUUUUAGAUAUGGGAGAUGAUGACUCUCCAAUUUCAAGUUCUAUACUUUUGGGUAGACCUUUUCUUAAAACUUCUAUAACAAAAAUUGAUGUCUACAACGAAACUUUAACUAUGGAAUUUGAUGAGUUAGUUUUGUCACGAAAACUAGACAGGAACAAAGCCAAAGAACUUGCAAAGGAGUUCGAUAUAAAUAAUGAGGUGUUGGAGAUUUUAGAGUUUAUUGAUGACAAGAAGCAUAUGUGGAUUGAUGAAAUGAAGUCCACGCCACCUACAACCAAAGUCAAACCCCUUCCACCGGUGGAACAAGCACAAGAUUCAGGAUCAAAAACUCUACCAGAACCUUUAAAGAAUAUACAUAUCGAGAAGGAGGGCACCCAACCGGUCAUCAACUCAAAUAAACUAUCAAAGAAGGAAGAGAAUGAGUUGAUAAUCAUGUUGAAUAAAUACCAAAUAAGGACUGAGUGGACAAUCUCUGAUAUUAAGGAUUUAAGUCCUUUUUGGUUUGUGCGCAAAAAGAAAGCCAAAGGAAGGUUGUAA